GGCUCGUCAAGGCUCGUCAGGGCUCGCCAAGGCUCAGCUCCUUGUGCCGGCAUGGGGCUGCUGUUAUGGCUGGUGGCGCAGCUGGGUGCCAGCUCCGCGGUGUACGUGGUGUCCGUGAAUGUCGGGCGAGCCGAGCGGCCCUUGGAGCACUUUUGGAGGAGCACUGGGUUCUGCCCUCCCUUACCUCACAGCCGUGCUGACCUAUUUGACCUGAGCAAAGACCAAGAGAUGAACCUUGCCUACAUUUCUUCUGUUCCGUAUGGUGGCAUUGAACAAGUUCGAAUUCACUGGUUACUGGAAUUAGUUGCUCUCAGAGUGAUGAAUGGGAAACUUCACUACAAUUUUACUGCCUUGGAUAACCUUAUGGAUCGCCUGUGGGAAAAUAAGCUAAUUCCAGGAUUUGAAUUGAUGGGGAAUCCAUCAGGAUACUUUUUAGAUUUUGAAGAUAAAGAACAGUUAAUAAAGUGGAGAAACUUGAUUACACUUCUGGCCAGCAGAUAUAUAGAUAGGUAUGGAUUGGAGCAUGUUGCUAAAUGGAAUUUUGAAACAUGGAAUGAACCAGACCACCACGACUUUGACAAUGUGUCUAUGACAGUAAAAGGCUUUCUCAACUAUUAUGAUGCAUGUUCAGAAGGAUUAAGAGCAGCUAGUCCUCUACUAAAAUUUGGAGGGCCUGGAGAUUCCUUCCACCCCUUACCCAAGUCACCCAUAUGCUGGAGUCUUCUCUGUCAUUGCUAUAAUGGGACCAACUUCUUCACAGGGGAGACUGGUGUAAGGCUGGACUACAUCUCUCUCCAUAAGAAGGGAGGUGGGAGUUCUCUCCACAUCUUACAACAGGAAGUAGAAGCAAUUGAACAAAUUCAGAAGCUGUUUCCAAAUUUUGCUUCUGUUGCCAUAUACAAUGAUGAAGCAGAUCCCAUGGUUGGAUGGUCCAUUCCACAACUGUGGCGAGCUGAUGUGACCUAUGCAGCUAUGGUUGUAAAGGUCAUUAUCCAGCAUCAAAACCUGCUGAUUUCCAAAGCCAACAACACCAUCAACUACACACUGCUAAGUAAUGACAAUGCCUUCUUGAGCUACCACCCCCAUUACUUUACACAGCGAACUCUGACAGCCCGUUUUCAGAUGAACAAUACAAAGCCACCUCAUGUCCAGAUGGUGCGGAAACCAGUGCUGACUGUCAUGGGCCUGCUAGCACUGCUAGGAGAAAAGCAGAUUUUUGCAGAAGUGAACAGCAGUGAAGGUGAAAGCACUCAGAACAGCACAGUUGGUGUCCUGGCAUCUGUGCACACCCCGAGUGAGGUGCAACCUUCAGACAGUUGGCAAGCAACUCUACUGAUGUAUUCAAGUGAGGAUAACAGGACUUCAUCCAAUAUCAGCACCAUCACAGUGAAUGCCACCCACUUCCCCAAACUUCGAGACAUGGUGUAUAUGACAUAUUACCUGGAUAACAACCAAACCAAUCCCUACCUGAAGUGGAAAAAGCUGGGAAAGCCUGACUUUCCUUCCCCAGAACAGUUCCAGCAAAUAAGGGAUGCUGAGGACCCAGUGGCAACAGGCCCAUUCCCAUUUCCUGAAGGUGGCAUUCUGACAGUGAAGCAAGAUUGUCCUGUUCCCUCAGUCUUUCUUAUCCACAUUUGUGCAAGACCCAGAUCUGUUCCUGAUCAAGUGACCGGUGUUCGUUUGAUCCCUCUCACAAAGGGGCAGGUCAUUGUGUUGUGGGAUGAUGGCUGUGUAAAUUCAAAAUGUAUAAAGACAUUCGAAGUGGAGUUCUCACUAGAUGGAAAAGCAUACCAGCGGAUUAAUGCCAAAGACACAAUAUUCACCCUUUGGGUCUACAGUCCAGGAAGCUCAGUCUUCGGCUUCUACAGAGUACGGGCAGUUGACUACUGGGGGAAGGCAGGUCUGUUCUCUCUUCCGGUGAAGUAUGUUGAAGCUUUCAAGUGACUCUGCAGAAUGGUGCCUGAAUUGGUGACUGAGUGGUGUAUGUUCCCUGCAAAUGACGACUCCCCAGAAAAAUAAACUCCUCCCAAGCUGAGGAGGGAGUAUUGGAAAGACCUGAUGAAGCAAGU